AUGAAUGAGAAAACUCAAGCUUUUUUCUUCCACCGGAUGUUCCCAAAUGGGACACAUCAUUUCAUGGGUAUUCUCCACUUACUGCUGCACUUCAGGUGGAUGUGGAUUGGAGUGGUUUCUCAGGAUGAGGAGAAUACAGAGAAAUUUGUUGAAAAAGUGCUUCCCAUUUUUUCUGAAAGAGGGAUAUGCUUUGACUUCAUAGAAAGAUUCCCCAAACUUAAAUUUUCAAAUGAAUUUGAGGAUGCAGUGAGGGAGGGCUUUGAAUCAUUCAUUGUUGCAAUGCGAAGCACUGCCAAUGUUGUGGUGAUACAUGGAGAAAUUCAGGACAUGAUAACAUUGAGAAUUAUACCUCAGGCUGCAGAAUUUGAAGAAAUACCGAUACAAGCUGCAGCGAAAGUUUGGGUGAUGACAGCCCAGAUGGAGUUCACAUCGCUUCGCUUACAAAGAAAUUGGAGCCUACAGUUCAUCCAUGGCGCUCUAUCCUUCACUACUCAUUCAAAGGAGGUGUUGGGGUUCCAUACCUUUCUUCAGAGGAAGAGUCCUUCAGAAAAGGAAGAUGGCUUCAUUGAGGACUUCUGGGAAGAGGCAUUUAACUGUUCAUUCCACAAGUUUGUGGUGGAUGAGAUGGAAAGGAAAAUCUGCACAGGGGCAGAGAAUCUGGACACACUUCCUACAUCUGUUUUUCAAAUGAGCAUGACUGGCCACAGUUACAGCAUUUACAAUGCAGUCUAUGCGAUAGCUCAUGCACUGCAUGCUAUGCAGUCAUUCCAGUUUAAACAAAUGACAUUGGCCAGUAGGGAGAGGCACACGUUUCUGAAUCAACAACAGCAUAAGCUACAACACUUUCUAAGAAGUGUCUCAUUUAACAACAGUGCAGGUGAAAAGGUUACAUUUGAUCAAAAUGGUGAAAUUGUAGCCGGCUUUGAUAUUAUGAAUUGGAUUGUAUUCCCAAACCAGUCCUUUCAGAGAGUCAAAGUUGGAAAGAUGGAUGCUUAUUCUCUGGGUCCUCCAGAAAAUGUGUUCUCUAUCCAAGAGGAUAUCAUCAUGUGGCCCACAAGGUUUAAUCAGGCACUUCCCCAUUCACUGUGUAAUGACAAUUGCCGACCUGGUUAUAGGAGAGCCAAGAAGGAAGGGGAACCAUUUUGCUGCUAUGAUUGCCUUCCAUGUUCAGAAGCAAAGAUCUCCAACCAGAAGGAUAUGGAUGACUGUUUUCAAUGUCCAGAAGCUCAGUUUCCAAAUCGCAACAAGGAUGCAUGCAUUCCAAAACGUAUAAGCUUCCUGUCUUAUGAGGAACCUUUGGGGAUCACUUUAGCUAUAUUUGCAGUAUUCUUUUCUUUCAUCACAGCUCUAGUGUUUGGGAUCUUCCUUAAGCACCGGGACACACCCAUUGUCAAAGCCAACAACCGGGACCUCACCUAUACUCUUCUUGUCUCCCUCCUGCUCUGCUUCCUUUGCACUUUGCUAUUUAUUGGUCGACCUGAGAAAAUGAAGUGUCUUCUUCAACAAACUGCUUUUGGCAUCAUUUUCUCAAUGGCUGUUUCUUGUGUUUUGGCCAAAACCACCAUUGUGGUUCUCGCUUUUAUGGCAACAAAGCCAGGGUCGAUCAUGAGGAAAUGGGUCGGGGAAAGACUGUCAGCCUUCAUUGUUCUUUCCUGCUCGUUUAUUCAAAGUACUAUUUGUACUGUUUGGCUAGCAACCUCUCCCCCUUUCCCAGAUUUUGAUGUGUACUCAAUGACUGAAGAAAUUGUACUACAAUGCAAUGAAAGGUCCAGUGUCCUGUUCUACUGUGUCUUGGGGUUUAUGUGUUUCCUGGCUGUUAUUAGUUUCACUGUAGCUUUCCUAUCUAGGAAGUUACCAGACAGUUUUAAUGAAGCCAAAUUCAUCACCUUCAGCAUGUUGGUUUUUUGCAGUGUGUGGUUGUCUUUUGUUCCUACCUACCUGAGUACUAAGGGCAAAUAUAUGGUAGCUGUGGAGAUCUUUUCCAUUUUAGCCUCCAGUGCUGGUUUACUGGGAUGCAUCUUUUCCCCUAAAUGCUAUGUCAUUUUGCUAAGGCCUGACUUGAACAAUAGAGAUCAGCUUGCAAGAAGAAAUUUUUAA